GUAACGGUCCUGGUCGGUGAAACGGGAUCCGGUAAAACCACGCAGAUACCUCAGUGGUGUCUAGAAUGGCUCAAGUCUCGUUACACCUCUAAAAAAUGCGUUGCUUGUACGCAGCCGCGUAGAGUUGCGGCGAUGUCCGUGGCCCAGCGUGUCUCGGAAGAAAUGGAUUGCCAACUUGGAAAUCAAGUCGGUUACAGCAUCCGUUUCGAGGAUUGUACCUCCAACCUUACUAUUUUAAAGUAUAUGACUGAUGGUAUGCUGUUGCGAGAAGGUAUGUCCGACCCUUUACUUGAAAACUAUGGCGUCAUAUUACUUGAUGAGGCCCACGAGCGCACUUUGGCCACAGACAUCUUGAUGGGCUUGCUCAAAGAAAUUAUCGGUCAGCGGCCCGACUUAAAAAUUGUUGUUAUGAGUGCCACUUUGGAUGCCGGCAAAUUUCAAGAUUACUUCGAUAAAGCUCCUCUCAUGACAGUCCCUGGCAGGACGCACCCUGUGGAAAUCUUUUAUACACCCGAGCCUGAGCGAGAUUAUCUAGAGGCUGCAAUUCGGACUGUCAUUCAGAUACACAUGUGCGAGGAGAGCGAAGGCGAUAUUCUCCUUUUCUUAACUGGCCAGGAAGAAAUUGAAGAGGCUUGUAAGCGAAUCCAGCGUGAGGUUGAAUCCCUCGGUCCAGACGUCGGCGAACUUCGGUGCAUUCCCCUGUACUCCACGCUCCCACCCAACCUGCAGCAAAGAAUUUUUGAUCCUCCUCCUGCACCCCGCAAAAAUGGAGCUAUUGGUAGAAAAGUUGUUGUUUCAACAAAUAUUGCAGAAACAUCUCUCACUAUCGAUGGCGUCGUCUUUGUUAUUGACCCUGGGUUCGCGAAACAGAAGGUCUACAAUCCGCGCAUUCGUGUUGAGUCUCUGCUAGUGACUGCAAUCAGCAAAGCCUCUGCUCAACAGCGCGCCGGACGUGCAGGUCGUACUCGGCCCGGUAAAUGUUUCCGCCUCUACACUGAGCGGGCCUAUAGUACUGAAAUGCAAGAUAACACCUACCCCGAAAUUUUGCGCUCCAAUCUCGGCACUGUGGUGCUUCAGCUGAAGAAACUGGGCAUUGAUGACCUGGUUCACUUCGAUUUCAUGGAUCCUCCAGCUCCAGAAACGUUGAUGCGCGCCUUGGAAUUACUAAACUAUCUGGCAGCCCUGGAUGAUGAUGGCAACUUGACCGACCUUGGCAGUAUGAUGGCAGAAUUUCCUUUGGAUCCGCAGUUGGCCAAAAUGGUUAUUGCAUCCUGCGAUUAUAACUGUUCCAACGAGAUUUUAAGCAUAACUGCCAUGCUGUCGGUACCACAGUGUUUCGUCCGACCGGCAGACGCAAAGAGAGCUGCGGAUGAGGCCAAGAUGCGUUUUGCUCAUAUUGAUGGUGAUCAUCUGACCAUGCUGAAUGUUUAUCAUGCCUUUAAACAAAAUCAAGAAGACCCUCAAUGGUGUUAUGACAAUUUUAUAAACUUCCGAUCCCUGAAGUCUGCUGACAAUGUCCGCGUUCAGCUUUCGCGUAUAAUGGAUAGGUUCUCAUUGAGACGUUCCAGUACAGAGUUUUCGUCCCGAGACUACUACUUAAACAUACGGAAGGCACUUGUUGCCCAUCUGGAGCGAACUGGUCAUUACCUGACUGUCAAGGAUAAUCAGGUCGUCCAGCUACAUCCGUCCACGGUGCUCGACCACAAGCCUGAGUGGGUUCUUUAUAACGAGUUUGUGCUGACAACCAAGAAUUAUAUCCGCACAGUUACCGAGAUCAAACCGGACUGGCUUGUAAGGAUAGCGCCACAAUACUACGAUAUGACCAACUUCCCUGAAUGCGAGGCAAAGCGCAUUCUCGAGCGCUGCGUGCACCGGAUUCAGAACCGCAAACAGAACCAGCAACAGAAGCAGGAACAACAGCAACAGAACGAUACGCAGGCGUGA